AGAUUAGAGGCUGUAGUUUCUUUUCUUCAGCUUUUAAAGAGCAGUGAAAGAGCUUUUGUUUUGCUUCUUGUCCUUCAUUUCUUUCUUGAUAUUCAUCUGUUGUUUUUUUUAGUUGCUGCUGUCUUACUGUCUCUUCUUUUCAAAACAAGAAAGAACCCAUCUGGCAAGAACCAUUGCUUCUUCUGCUUCUGUUUUUGUUUUUUCUUUUCGUUUUUCUGAUAAUGUCUCCCAUUUGGGUCUCUUCUUCUCCGAUGUACAGUUCAAGAUCUCUCCUUUUCCUUUCCUUUACUGUUCCACACUCUCCCUCUACACAAGAAACUGUUUUUCUUUUCACAAUGCAGUGGUUAUGUUGAACAAUGCUUGGUUUUAGAUACUCCAAAGAUCUGCAGAUUAACAUUGUUGAAGCUUGCAUUUUGGCUUGAGUUUGAGUUGUAGCCAUGGAAUUAUUAGGAUCUCAAGAAAAUGAUGUGGACUCAUCCCCUGGGCAAAGUUUGAAUGGGAGUUUUAGGAAGACAAGAUCAGGUAUUUCGCAGAAUGAUUUGGACUCACCUCCAGGAAACAGUUUGAGUGGAAGUUUCAGGAAAUCUAGCUCUGUGAUGUCUGCCCGGAGUUUAUCUGGCAUUUCCACCUCAAGCAAGUCUGUUCCUGCUUCCAGAAGAGCAUUUAAGGCACUUAAAGACUAUGCAAGGAAACUUGUCAGCCUGGAAUUAUUCACACAGGGUCUCGAGGACUGGGUUUUGGAAAAUUCAGUAGGAGAUUUGUCCAACAAGGGGCAGUUUUUCAGGUCUCCCUUCUCGAUUGAUGAAUUGUGCAAGCUUGAUUUAGCAUUGGAGGGGGUCCUAUUUCAGCAACUGUAUCGUAUGCCGUGCUCAGCAUAUGCUUCUGAUGAUUCAAAAGAAGACAAGUAUUUUGCAAUAGAAGAUUUCCUUCAUGCUAUUGUAAAUGGCCUGUGGCGUACAUUUUGGCGCAGAAGUGGGCCACUACCAUUCUUUUUAUCCUGUCCUCGUCAUCCUGGAUCAAAAUUUUAUACCGUGGAGAAGGCAGUGUCAAGGGGAAGGCUUGAAGAGCUCUGUGGUUUAGCUUUGGUACAAAGAACUGGGAGUGAUAUGCAAGUUCGUUGGGAUCAUGUUAUGGAGUUUGCCUUGUUUAGACCAGACAUACUGUCAGAAAACGAGUUAAGAUUAUCUCCUGGCAGUAUAUGUGAAGCCCUGUUUUAUGGUGUUCAUAUACUUAUCACACAGAGUUUGAGCAAGUUCAGUGCAGUUGGCAAUGAUUCUGUAUUUAUUUUGGUUUUUGAUUCUAAAUUUGGUGGGGUAGUGAAGCUUGGGGGUGAUAUUGGCAAACUUGAAGUGAACUCAGCUGAUCCAUACCAAUCUGUGACUGAAUGGAUCAAGUGUCAUGCUGAAGUCGCAGUUUCCCCAGUUGACCAGGUAUGGAACAAGCUAGGUAAUGCAAAUUGGAGAGACCUAGGAACUCUUCAAGUACUUCUGGCAACAUUCCAUUCUAUAGUCCAGUGGAUGGGGUUGCCAAGAAAGUCAAUAACCUCACUGGCUUCAGAUCAUGGUCUCCGUCUUCAGAAGCGUAGGAUGGAGUGUCGCCUAAUUGAAAAUGAAAAUGCAAUGGUCUCCUUCCAAAAAAUAGUACAUCAAGGAGAGAUUGAAGAACUUGACCAAAGUGACAAUCCUUCUUUGAAAAAGCGAGCAUCAAAUAUGAAGCUUAGACAAGGUGAUGUAUUGAUGUUGGAUGACCAGCAGCAGGGAAAUAAAAGUUUUCAAAUACAGGAUUCUUUGGUUGGAGGGAACUACUUUAUGUAUAGUGCUGUUUCUCCAGAUUUUCCCGCAGAGUUAUUCACUUUAUAUGUGGGUGCUCACCCAUCCAGACUAGAGCCAUCCUGGGAAGACAUGAGUUUGUGGUACCAAGUACAGAGGCAAACAAAAGUGUUAAACAUCUUGAAGCAACAAGGAAUUUCAUGUAAAUAUUUGCCAAGAAUAGUUGCCUCUGGCCGGAUUUUGCAUCCUGGUCCAUGUAAAAAGCAGAGUCCUGGAGGGCGUUGUGAUCACCUAUGGUGUGGAACUCCGAUACUUGUGAUGUCUCCAGUCGGGGAGCCACUCUCUUUCACAGUUGCUCGAGAUGGCCCAUUUUCCUCAGAGGAAGCACUUCACUGCUGCCGAGACUGCCUAGCUGCUCUAAGAAGUGCAUCAAUUGCCAACGUCCAACAUGGUGAUCUUUGUCCUGAGAACAUAAUUCGUGUCAUUGACCCCAAAGGGUCUGGGAAGAUGUUCUUGCAUGUUCCGAUUUCAUGGGGACGUGCAGUUCUAGAAGACAGGGAUAGCCCAGCAAUAAAUCUACAGUUCUCCUCAUCACAUGCACUUCAGCAUGGUAAACUUUGUCCAUCAUCUGAUGCUGAGAGCCUAAUUUACCUCCUCUUUUUUGUAUGUGGGGGGCCUAUGCAGCAACAAGAUUCCAUCGAGUCUGCCUUGCAAUGGAGGGAAAGAAGCUGGGCAAAGCGUUUGAUUCAGCAACAGCUUGGUGAAAUUUCAGCUCUUUUGAAGGCAUUUGCUGAUUAUAUUGAUAGCCUUUGUGGAACUCCAUACCCAGUUGACUAUGAUAUAUGGUUGAAAAGACUAAACAGGGCUGUGGAUGGCUCAGCAGAUAGAGGUAAAAUGAUUGAAGUAGUAGCAACGAAAUUAAGAUUGGAAGAUGUUGCUGAAUCUUCAGGAACUUCUGGAGGUGGCAUUUAAUCAUGUCCAUGGAGGUUUUUGGCAGGGUUUGUUUUUGUAACUCUAUCUGAGUGAUAACAGCCAAUUUUUUUUUUCCAGAGGCUCUUGGAUUCUUGUAUCCACAGCCUGCUAUCCUUCUCAUACAUUAAAUUGUUAAGAGUUGAUUCUUACUGGCACAAAUUCUGUUGGCCAAUUUUGAAGUGGAUUCAAUGUAAAUGUUUCUUUAUUGCAA